ACGUCAGAAACGUUUGCAAUUUAAACUGAAUAUAAACAAAUCGUCUAUGAAAUUUUUUCACUCGAUCUUAUUGUGCGUUAUCCCCACUGUAUCAAUAACAAAAGUUUGUCAUAAAUAGUGUAUAUUUUAGAUUUCGGAUACUAAAAUAAUUCUUAGAAUAAUUUGUUCCCUUCACUAUGGAUGCAUCGCUUGAUCAAGAUGAUGAGGACUUUUUUGAUUCUCAAUUGUCAUCAGCUCAAACUGUUAGACUUAGCCAUUUAAACAAUAAGAGUUCCGUGUUGUGUCCAAAAAGUCAGAAUAUCACUAGUCAGUAUUUAGCUCUACAACAGCUUGAUGCUCAUCAGAAAAUGAUUGCAAGAGCUAAAGGUAUUGUAGAUACAUUUGCACCUCAGUCAUUGCAAAGUUAUAUAAGUGUUGUUGGUCAGCAGAAAAAGAAAUUAUGGAGAAAAUCACCAAGCCAAUCUAAAUCAUCUGAACUCAAAGAAACAUUUAAUGCUGUGUCCCAUUCUUCAUCGAGGCCUCAACCUUUCUUAUCCGAUGAAGAAGAUAAUGCAAGUUUAAAUGCUUCAUCUGUAAAUAGAGCAAUACAGACCAGCAUACCAUUAGUUAGUUUUGGCAAUAAUACAGAUGAUAAAAUCACUUGGUACCUGGAAGCUCUGAGACAAGGUGAACUGUUAUCCCACCCAUUUGCUUACACGAGAGAAUCGUCAAAAGAACAUUCCCACCUCGCCACCUCGAUGAAUAAAAGACGAACUUUAAACGGUGAUAUUUUGGACACUCAUGUGAACUGCUUUUCAAAAUCAAAAAAACCCUUUUCUCCUAGAGUAGUGGCAGACACUGCUGUGAAAUCAAAACUAAAAGAAAUGCGAUGCUAUCAGCCUCCUGUAAGAAGAAAGAAAAAAAGCAGUGAAAAUUCUUCAGACACUUUUGAAAGUUACCAUGGUGAAGAUUCAGAGGAAGAUUCAAAAGAAGAAGAAAAAGAUUUUCAUAAUCCUCCAGAGGAUGUUGAAACCCAGAUCAACAUGAAGACAUCCUCUGAAAGAAAUUUUAAUCUUAAUGACAGAUUGCAUGAUUAUUUAAUCCACCAGAACAGAGUUAAAUUUGAGAGCAAUGGCAAAAAAGAAAGUCCAAAUAGAAAUGAUGAAGACAAAUAUCUUGAAUUUUUGAGUAAAGUUACAGAACAUAUUUUAAGAAGUGGAGUUUAUUCUGAUCGAGCUAUCCAGCAAGCUUUUGACUUUCAUAUGCAGUUUUAUCAAGAAGAUGACAACAAAGAUAAAUUACAAUUGCUUCUAAAUCAAGUAAUGGAAGGCAUGAAAAUUUCUAGCAGCGACUCGGAGGAAAUUCCCUGCAACAAAAGUUCACCAUUUUUAAGUCGUCCAAACACACCUCCGGUCAAAGAACUUCCGGGUAUUUUCCCAUUUACUGCUAGAAAUGAUGAAUCAACUGAAGAAUAUCCACCAAGCAUAUCUUCUCAAGCACAAAACGUUGAAGACCUACUAAGUGAUCCACACUUAUUAUCAGAUAGUGGCAUUAGUAUCAGACAAACUGAUUCUUGACCAUUAACUUAAUAUUAAUUGAGUAUUUAAAAAUUGACUUUUUGUAUAGUAUUUUAUUCUGAACGCACAAUUACUUUUUGAUUUAUUUUAAAGUUGAAUUGCUAAUCAAAAACCUUCAAUCAUUUUUGCAGUUUUUGAGUGAGUGUUAUUUUUUAUUGUUAUUUAUAUUACUGUAAUGACACAUUUUUUGUUCAACAGUUUUAUUUUGAGUUGAAACAAAUUAUUCUAUAUGUUAUGAUAUUCAAUUAAAAUAAAUAUAAAAUAAUCUUAUUCUUAUAAUUCAUUCUGUUUAAAAGUUUUUAUAUACCUAUAGUAAAUAAAAAGUAUGAGGUUUUAAUUUGAGACAUACAGGCAAAAUAUAAAAUAUGCACUUUAAAAAAGUGUAUAUUCUUAAAAUAGCAUUUAUAAUUGUUUAAUAAAAAAAAUUAGUUCAUUAUGUAAUUAAUAUAGAGCAUAGUUUAAAUAUUUUAAAAAGUUGUAUUAGUUUGACCAAACCGUACACAUAUUCCAUUUAAUACAAUUUCCGUUCCAUUUAUGUUGAUAUAAAAUAACUUGUUGGUUUUACUAUUCUUCACUUAGAAAUUUUCAUAAAAUUUCUAAAUAAAUCAACGCUCUCUGCCGAUAUGUUAUUUUACUUCAAAUUUACAAUUUAUUAUUAUUAAGCAUUUUUGCAACUAUAGAACAAUCUUAGUAUUUUAUGAUUUCUUUUCUGUUUACAUAACAUGUUCACAAAGUAAUUAUUAUCAAAAUGAUUAGAAAAUAGUAAUUAAAUCUUCUCUGGGCAGUUUUUAGAUUUUAAGAAAGAGAACGGAAAUUAAACUUAACAUACAUACCAUGUAUAUUUAUUUUAUGCUUAAAAUGUAUAUAAUUAUAUUGGAACCCCUUAGAUAUUUUUAUUUUUAAACUAUGAAACUUAAUAAUCAAAAAAUCAUAAAUUUGUUUUGCAUUAUUUUUGAAUUAACAGGGCUGAAAAAAAUUUGCACUAACAUUUUACUAAUAAUAGGCAGUUUUAAUGAAGCAUUGUCAGGAGUAAUCUGACUUAGUUUUAUGUAGUAAAACAAGAUAAUGCAAAAAAAAAAAUCCUUUCAGUUUUCAAAUAAAUUAUGCCCAUUUGAAAAUCUACAUUAUUCAUAUACAAAAAAAUGGAAACAUUUACGCCCGUAUUCACCAUUGACCCUAACCCUCAGUCAGAGUUCAAAACAGGUUUUAUGAGAGCAACUCUAGGUCAGAGUCCAAAAUUUCAUUUCACCGUGUGCGUAACUGCGAGUUACUCUAACCCAGAGUUAAGUAACUUUAAACUAAAGAUAUUCCCGGUUAGAGUAACCGCGCAUGCGCAGUAAACGAGUGUUUGCUCAUUUACUUCGUUUUCUUCGUCGGUAUUUUUUAUAUUUCUGCUCUUUUUCGUUUGAUAAUUUUAAAUGUUUUAAAUUUUGAAUUCUUUUUUUGUAUUUUUAACCGGCAGAUUUCCCCGGUUUGAGCAAACGCGGAUACAAAGAAGGAGAUUUUUUAUUUAUUUAUGUUUUCAAAAAUAACACUUUUGAUGUUCGGUUGCUUAUGUUCAAUGAGGUCAAUUUUUUCACUUGAUGCAACUAUAAUUAAUUUAUAUCUUUGCCUUGCCUUAAAAAAAAUAGCAUACCAUAAUAUUAAUAAAAUGAAAAUAUAUCAAUAAAAUGAAAAUUAAAUAACACUUUAUUUUGAUGUUCGGUUGCUUUUUUUAUGUUUAAUAAGAUCAUUUUUUUACUAGAUGUAACUAUAAUUAACUUACAUCAAAUAAAUGCUUAUUAAUAAAAUGAAAAUUAAAUUUUCUUGAGUUAAUAUCUUCUACAGAAGAUACUAUAUAUAUUUCUCAAAUUAUUAUUAACAGUCGUUACAGCACUUAAAUAAUUUUUCACUCGAAAAAAAAGGUCGUGGAUAAUAAAGAUUGCGGCUACAAUAAUUCAAAUGAAUAGUGUAAGUAAGAAGAUUGUAAAUAAUUUUACUAACUUUUACUUAUUUUUUUAAAAGAAAGAAAACAACCGAUACUUGAAAAAAAUAUAAAAUUUAAAAAAGAAUAUAAUUCAUUAAAUGUUUUUAGAUUUCAAUAAUAUCUAUCGAGAUGAUAGAUCUUGCCCAAAAAUAAAAAUAGUUUAGAGUUGAACUUCCAAAAUAAUGUGCAAUAUUUAGAUAUGAAGAUAACGAAAAGAAUUUAAAACUUUUUAAAUCCAUAAAAUAAAGCUAUUAAUUAAAUUUAAAAACAUAUACAUUAUUUUAAAUAUAUAUUAGAAAUUAUGCUGAAAUAAAUAUUACUUAAUCAAUGCAAAUUUUGAUCCGAGGUAACAUUUUAACUACACAAUAAUUUGCAUCAAAUAACUUUGCAAAUCAGGAAAUUUAGAAUUGUAUAAGCAUAAAAUAAUCUGCAGAAUAUUUCGAAAAAAUAGGAUCAUUUGGAAGAGAUUUAUUGCUUAAAACUAUAUGAAAUUAAAAUGCCCGUCUUUAGUUAUAAUUUUUAAUAUAUAGCCUGACUACUUUAUGACAUAUGGGGCAUUUAUACAACUGAUACAUUUCCAUGUACAAUUAUCGAAAUAAUUAAAUUUUUGAAGGCAUAAUUUUUUUAAAAUUUUAAGGUUUUGGAAUAUUUGUUCCGAUUAUGACAUUUUCCUUUAAAAAAAUUGUUAUCUUAUUCACCAUAUCACCGACGUCGAUUCUCUCUUAUCAUCAGCAGAUGGCAGCACAAUAGUAGUUAUUUAUAACUUCUGAAUAACAUGAAUGUGUUGAUUUAUGCUUAUCUGUACUAAGAAGUUUAUUAUAUACAAUUUCAUUUAAAGUUUUAAAAAAAAAAAUUCUUCUCAAUGGUUUAAGUUAUCGAUAAUAUGUUAUGAAAGGGAAGAAAAAAGAAAGAUCAAAAAUACGCUAAUAAGGAUGAUAAUGAUGUUAACAUAAUCCCCUUGAUUAUAGUGUAAAAUAAAAGUAUUAAAUUACUGCGUGAAAUAAAAAUAUUUUUAAUUGAAUUUCAGUUACAUUUCUAUUGUUGCUUGCGGCUUUAUGAUAUCCAUAAUAAUAAAAUAUCUAAAUUCAUAAUAAUAAAGCUCGCAUCCUUUUGCUCAUCAAUACAAGUCAGUUAAAAACGAAACUAAACAUAUUUUUUAUUUGACCAGUAAAAGAGAGAUUCAAAUUUAAUUACUCGAUGUAAUCUCUUUUUCUUCUUUUAAUAGAAUUUUUUUUAAAAAAAAUAGCAACAAAAAUUGAAAACAAACGCUAUUAAUACGGCUAUAAAUCUACCGCCGGGACGCAAUCUACCGCUUGUAACUGCCGGUCAAGAAACCCGCAGUUAAGAAACCGACGGUCAAAAAAUAAUGGUGGAAUCGCUUUUGAACUCUCGGUCAAAGUUUCCAAACCGGGGGUUUUGGAACUGGGAGUUACGCGUUAGGUCAGAGUCAAUGGUGAAUACGGGGGUUAAUGGACUCACCAGGUCAAGAUUUCAAAGAUGACAAAGGUUCCGAAUCUGCUAAUUAUUUUCACUAAAUUAGCGUAACUUAAAAAGGUGAACAAAAAUUCAAAAUUUUAUCUUAUGAAAUGCAAAGCCGAACAAAUGAAAACUACUUUGAAAUUACAUCCAUCUUAUUUUAUCAUAAAUAAAGUGGUCAGAAAUAUAGUUUUUUUUUAACAAGAGUUCUACUAUGUCUUUUAAAUAAAAAAAAUUGUCUUUUUUUAACUAUUAAUAUAAUGUGUUAAACAAUACUUUUAUAAAUUCUAAUGCAUAAUCACCAAUUUUUAAGUCUCAUUUUACUAAUAAAGUAUUUCUGGGAUUUUUA